AUGGGAAAGCGAAAGACGCGCGGACCCGAAGUCUGUUUUCAAAGAAGGUUCGACUCGUUAUUCGAGAACGCCGCCGACUGCGACGCUGCAAACAAAUUACGAAAAGACUUGGCGCUCACGGUGGAAAAGCAAUGCCGGAUAAUCAAGCUCAUCCGGAACAAGAUCCCUGACGCCAAGAACGCCGACGCACGUAACGUGAUCCACCACAUUUUGGAGCAUUUAUUACACCGAGUGGAAAAAAAUGAAGAGUUAACCGGAGUUAUUUGGGACCACGGUCUACAGUUGUAUAAGAUCACGCGCCAAGAUAAACAAUCUAAGCGCAAGAAGUUGAAAGUAACGACCCAAGAAACCCAAGAACAGUAG